AGAUCCCUCUCCCUCCACGAAUACGUCAGCAUGGAGUUGCUGAAGGAGGCCGGCGUCGCGGUGCCGAAGGCUGUGGUGGCAGCCAGCCCCGCUGAGGCCUUCCGGGCCGCCGAGGAGAUCGGGACGGAGGACCUGGUGGUGAAGGCCCAGGUCUUGGCCGGGGGCCGGGCGCAAGGGACCUUCAAAGGCGGGCUGAAGGGCGGCGUGCAGAUGGUCUCCUCGCCGGAGGAAGCCCAAGUGGCGGCCGCUGGCAUGAUCAGCCGGAAACUCCUCACCAAGCAGACCGGUCAAGCCGGGAGGAUCUGCCAGCGCGUCCUCGUCUGCGAACGCCGCUACUUGCGGAAGGAAUACUACUUCGCCGUCGCUCUAGAGGGGGCCUUCCAGGGGCCCGUCCUGAUCGGCAGCGCCCGAGGCGGGGUCAACAUCGAGGAGGUGGCAUCCGAGGAGCCGUCGGCCAUCUUGAAAGAGCCCGUCGACAUCGCCGAGGGCCUCCGGGAGGAGCAGGCCCUCCACCUGGCCCGCCGGAUGGGCUUCCCGGAGAAAUCGGCAUCGGCGGCCGCCAAGAACAUGCUCAAGCUCUACGGGCUCUUCCUCCGGUACGACGCGCUGCUGGUAGAGGUCAACCCGCUGGCGGAGGACGCGGCCGGAAGGGUGGUGUGUGUGGACGCCAAGAUCAACUUGGAUGACAACGCGGCAUUCCGUCAGGCGGGCGUCUUCGGGCAGCGGGAUUGGUCGCAGGCAGAUGAGAAGGAGCGGGAGGCGUCCGAGGCCGGGCUGAACUACGUCGUGUUGGAAGGGGACAUCGGGUGCUUGGUCAACGGGGCGGGCUUGGCCAUGGCCACCAUGGACCUGAUCCAGCUCCACGGCGGCAGGCCAGCCAACUUCCUGGACGUGGGCGGAGGGGCGACGGCGGAGCAGGUGAAGGAGGCCUUCAAGCUGAUCACCUCAGACGCCGGGGUCAAGUCCAUCCUUGUCAACAUCUUUGGAGGCAUCAUGCGCUGCGACACCAUCGCCGAAGGGAUCCUGCUGGCGGCCGGUGAGCUGGCGCUGAAGAUCCCCGUGGUGGUCCGCUUGCAGGGCACCGGGGUGGACCGGGCGAAGGCCUUGAUAGUCGAGAGCCAGCUGGAGAUCUUGCCCUGCGACGAGCUGGACCAGGCGGCCAAAGCGGCCGUGGGCCUCUCCAAAAUCGUGACGUUGGCCAAGGAAGCCCGCCUGGAGGUGAGCUUCCAGUGGAGGAUCUGA